AAAAAACAUUGGGGAGAAAAGCCAAACCAGCCACCAGCGUAAAGUUGCAUGUAUGUAUGUAUCCCCAUCACGCUCGCUCUCUCUCUCUCUCUCACCCCGCCAUAGCAUCCAAACGCCAUCGCAGAUUCAACAGUUAUCGUUCACAUAAACCCUAAUCCCAUGCCAUCCAAUCCCGAUCCCAAUUCAGCCUCAAAUUCAUCUUAACCCCCCAACACCACAAAAUCAAAAGGAAAAAAAAGUGUUUUUCCAAACCAAAAUUCUGAGAGAUAGAAAGAAAGGAAAGAGUGUUACAGUGGAGGAAGUAGUAGCGAGCGAGAGAGAGAGAAAUGCCAAGUGUGGCCGUGAAGCUCUAUAGCGUGUUCUUCAAGUUCCUCUUGAAGCACCGUUUGCAGAACCGGAUUCAAACCCAAUCCGAAAACUCCGACCCGUUUGGCGUCACCACCCGACCUGAAGAAUCCGUUGCUGCCGCUAAUCCCUCUUUCGCCGACGGUGUUGCCACCAAGGAUAUCCACAUCGACCCCUUAACCUCUCUCUCUAUUCGAAUCUUCCUUCCCGAAUCAGCACUCAUCCCUCCCGAACCUCAGUCCAAACCUUACGCACCUCCCAAGCCUAGGUCCAACCUUAUCUUUUCUAAACCCGAUCCUGAACCUGGAUCUGCACGCCUCGAUUCCAUUUCGCGCCGCAAUAGCUAUGGCCCCCCGCUCAGGGAAGACACCCGUAGCAACAGUUUCAGAGUCAGCAACGGCGUCGAGGGAUUGAAUUUGAUGACCGGCGGCGUUUACCGGGGAUACUCGCCGGCGAUGGGAGAUCGCCGGAAACUGCCGGUGGUGCUGGAGUUCCACGGCGGUGGGUGGGUUAGCGGGAGCAACGAUUCCAUCGCGAAUGAUGUUUUCUGCCGACGGAUCGCGAAGCUCUGUGAUGUGAUUGUGGUCGCCGUCGGUUAUCGGCUGGCGCCAGAGAAUCGGUACCCGGCGGCAUUUGAGGAUGGCGCGAAGGUGCUGAAUUGGCUUGCGAAGCAGGCGAAUUUAGCGGAGUGUAGCAAGUCCAUGGGGACUGGAAGGGUUGGAGGUGGUGGUGGGGAAUUUAAGAAGUCAGAUUCUCAUAAACACAUUGUUGGUUCCUUUGGAGCUUCAGUGGUUGAGCCUUGGUUGGCUGCACAUGCUGAUCCUUCAAGAUGUGUUCUUCUUGGAGUGAGUUGUGGUGCCAAUAUUGCGGACUACGUUGCUCGGAAAGCUGUGGAAGGAGGCAAACUUCUGGACCCUGUCAAGGUCGUAGCACAAGUCCUGAUGUAUCCAUUUUUCGUUGGAAAUGUUCCCACACAUUCUGAAAUAAAGUUGGCAAACUCUUACUUUUAUGACAAGGCCAUGUGUAUGCUUGCAUGGAAGCUUUUCCUACCUGAGGAGGAAUUUAGUUUGGACCAUCCAGCUGCUAACCCCCUUGUUCCAGGCCGGGGUCCUCCUUUAAAGUUGAUGCCUCCAACAUUAACAGUUGUGGCUGAACAUGACUGGAUGAGAGAUCGUGCAAUUGCUUACUCAGAGGAACUCCGGAAGGUGAAUGUUGAUGCACCUGUUCUUGAAUAUAAGGAUGCAGUACAUGAAUUUGCAACACUUGAUGUACUUCUCAAAAGCCCUCAGGCCCAGGUUUGUGCUGAGGACAUUGCCAUAUGGGUCAAGAAAUAUAUUUCACUUCGAGGUCAUGAAUUCUCAUAUUGACUAAGAUAUAGCAAAUUAAGAUGAUGAUUGGUAGGAAGAUAUUUAGCCCGACUUCAAAAUUAGCUUCAGAUCACACUUUUGCUUAUAUUACAUGGGACCUGUGAUAUAUUAUUCGAUUGGUUUGGAUGCUUGAUAAGGUGUUGGAUAUGGAAUGAAAUCGUGCUCGUGCCACCUGCCCAGUUCUUUUUGUAAGAUAGAGUUGUCUGAGAGAGUAGGAUUAGUUGAGAGUUGAGUCGGUGAGACGCAUUCACCUCGUGCAUAUCUCGCUUGGCCAUUCUUGUGCCAUUCUUUCUUCUGUAUUAUGAUGUCCUAUUUUUCAUGAAAAAAUAUAAAAUUUAAUGAACCAUUCUUUCAGUGUGUGUGAAUAUGUGGAGUCUAACCCUAAUCUAGUACCCUCCGUAUGGUGUGUGGUUAGGGUAUGUUUACCAGGCCAUGCUGAGCCUUCGAACUUUUGUAUUAUAGUUUUUCCAUUGAGUUUUAUUAGCUGCAUGGGUUCUAAGACAGCUUUCAAUGUACUAACACACGAGUAUAACUCUGUCCAAUAAAAUCUGGUCUCCUUUUCGCCUGAACUGGUUACUGCAAACUGUGUGGUGUAAGACUCUAUGGAAGCGUUAAAUCUCAUCCAGAAUUUUAACCUUCGACCCAUAAUUAUGGCAAUAUUAUUGUUGAUAUCCAGAUGACACUCAGAAUUGUAAGACUCGCCUGCCGCAUGAGGAGGAUAAAUGUACAGAAAUUAGAGUUUUUUGUUCGAUAAUACUUAAAAAGCCAGUGGCUAGGUUGUAACUUCUAGAUGUUGUCUUUUUUUCCCCCCCUCUUGUCUUCCAUUUUCCCCACACCAAAGAAAUGAGAAAGUUUUGUUGGAGC